AUGAGUCUGGUGUCGCGAGUGACGAAUCUGUUCGGGGCGACGGCAACGACGACAGCAGACUCAUCGGCCCAGACUGGUUCGUCCUCUUCGACCAUUUCGUCUUCCGGCAAUGCAUUGCCCAAAUAUGACCCCUCCGUCGUAUCCGGUGCUUCGCGUGGACAGUAUGCUGAAGCGGAAUUUGAAGAUUCGCGAAGGGCGAAACGACCAAGGACGAAAGAGCGAUUGAUGGACGAAGACCAGGAGGAGCGGGAGUAUAGACCGCCUUACCUGCAUUCAAUGCUCGCCGGUGGAAUCGGAGGAACUAGUGGUGACAUGCUGAUGCACUCGUUGGAUACGGUUAAAACUAGACAACAAGGCGAUCCUCAUAUCCCUCCUAAAUACACAUCGAUGUCGUCGUCCUACGCUACGAUAUUUCGACAGGAAGGUGUCCGGCGAGGUUUAUAUAGCGGGGUUACUCCCGCGUUACUUGGAUCGUUCCCGGGUACUGUCAUAUUUUUUGGCACAUAUGAAUAUAGCAAAAGACAUAUGCUGGAUGCUGGGAUUAAUCCCUCAAUAUCAUAUCUUUCAGGAGGCCUGAUUGCGGACCUCGCUGCGUCUUUCGUAUAUGUUCCUUCGGAGGUCUUGAAGACGCGAUUGCAGCUUCAAGGCAGAUACAACAAUCCCUUUUUUCAAUCCGGGUACAACUAUAGAUCAACGUUGGAUGCUUUUCGGACGAUAAUCAAAGAGGAGGGAUUCUUCGCUUUAUAUUCCGGGUUUAAAGCCACUCUUUUCCGGGACCUUCCGUUUUCCGCCCUGCAAUUCGCAUUCUACGAACAAGAACAAAGGCUUGCAAAAGAUUGGGUAGGAAGCAGAGAUAUCGGGUUACCGUUGGAGAUAUUGACAGCCACGAGUGCCGGUGGUAUGGCUGGGGUCAUAACGUGCCCUCUCGACGUUGUUAAGACGCGAAUACAAACGCAAGUCUCUGAUCCACUUGCCCAGCACUCGAAACCCAGCAUAAGCGAAAUCAAGGCUGCGUUUCAAGAAUCGUCCAAACAUGUCCACCCUUCAUCCUCAUCCUCCUCAGCGGCACACUCUCAGCGUCAGUCGCGGUUAAUAUCGACAUCCUCACCCUCAACGUCCACCGUCAAACCCGGAGCUUUGGUCCUUGAUACUUCGUCGGUGGUCACAGGAUUGAAGUUAAUAUACAAAACCGAGGGCAUACUCGGCUGGUUCCGUGGCGUGGGCCCCCGUUUCCUUUGGACAAGCGUUCAGAGUGGGACGAUGCUUGUUCUCUAUCAAUUUUUGCUGAAGCGCAUGGAGCAUUACUGGGGAGCACAAGAGUUAAGCAGUGCAUCUUCGAUAUGA